AUAUAUAUAUAUAAGAAUUAACUCUUUACCACACAACAAAGAAAGACAUAAAACGAAAACAUAAGAAUGGUGAAGCUCCUCUUCUUGUUGGUGGCGAUAUCAUUCGUUCUUCUCUUUAGCCUCACCGAUUUUUCAGGCGAGAGUCCAAAACAUGGAGAGUCUAUGAUGUCUGUCCAUUUGCCUGAUUUCCGUCUUAUCCCGACCACUGGAGCUUCCGGACCGGAGAGUUUUGUUUUCGAUAUCUCCGGCGAUGGUCCUUACACCGGUUUAUCUGACGGUCGAAUUGUUAAGUGGCUAGCUAAUGACAGCCGUUGGAUCGAUUUCGCCGUCACCACCUCAACAAGAGAAGGUUGCGAGGGACCGCACGAGCACCAACGAACUGAGCACGUGUGCGGACGACCUUUGGGCCUUGCCUUUGACAAAUCGACUGGUGACCUCUAUAUCGCUGAUGCUUAUAUGGGCCUUCUAAAAGUUGGCCCAGAAGGAGGUCUAGCCACACGCGAGCUGGAUGAGCCUCUCCGAUUUACCAACAGUUUGGAUAUCGAUCCACGUACCGGAGUUGUCUACUUUACCGACAGUAGUUCGGUUUAUCAACGGAGGAAUUAUAUAGGGGCGAUGAUGAGUGGAGACAAAACCGGUAGACUAAUGAAGUACGACCCAAAUACGAAACAAGUGACCACUCUCUUAAGCAACCUAGCGUUUGCCAACGGCGUCGUUCUAAGCCAAAACGGUGAUUACAUUCUCGUCGUCGAGACAGCCACAUGUCGGAUCCUACGUUACUGGCUCAACGACACGUCUUCCACGACGACUCCUGAAUCGCGCGGUAACUACGAGUUUUUCGCGGAGAGGCUCCCUGGGUUUCCCGACAACAUUAAGAGGAGUCCACGUGGCGGAUACUGGGUAGGUUUGAACACAAAACACUCGAAGCUGACAAAGUUCGCCAUGUCGAACGCGUGGUUAGGACGCGCCGCUUUGGGCCUGCCUGUGGACUGGAUGAAGGUCCAUUCAUACUGGGUCAAGUACAAAGGGAACGGCAUGGCCGUGAGGUUGAGCGAGGGUAGUGGCGUAAUUUCAGAAGUUUUCGAGGGUAAAAAUGGGAAUAAGUGGAUGUCUAUCAGUGAGGUGGAGGAAAAAGAUGCAACUCUUUGGGUUGGAUCGGUAAAUACUCCUUUCGCUGGCAUGUAUAAAAUUUGACUAGCAUCAUAAUAAUAAUUCAUACAUAGUCACAAGUUAUGCCCUUUAAUUUAA